AUGUUAAUGCGGUUAUACACGUUCUUCGUUGCCGCACUGCUUGCCUGUUGCGCUGCAGCCGGACCAUUGCAUCCCGAAUUACUGCAGCUUGUGGGAAAGUCAUGGAUCCCGGACUGGUGGUUUCCCUUUCCCAGGCCGUCCACUAGGGCUGCGACUACAACAACUACACCCGCGACAUCGACGACCGGACUAGCAACCACUACGACAAAGCCUACAACUACGUCGUCAAAGCCAGUUACUCCAACUCCCCAGCCAGCAACUUCAACAGCCCAACCUGCUAUCUCAUCGACUGCUACUGCUACUGCCUCCUCAGCCUCAACCUCCACCACAUCCUCUUCUACCUCUGCCUUCACCUCCACCUCCGCUGCCGCCCCGUCUACCCCCACUACUGUUGUACCGUUUGGUCAAGUCAUCCGGAGCUGCACUGUGAAGGGCACUGUUGCAAUCACUUUUGACGACGGUCCCUAUGACUAUACCAACAAGCUAUUGGAUAUCUUUGACGCAAAUGGGGCCAAGGCAACACUCUUUGUUAAUGCUCAGAACUUUGGGUCUAUUACAGACUAUAGCUCCGUGAUGCUCCGAGCCUUUAACACCGGCCAUCAGAUUGCUUCCCAUACCGCCGGCAUCAUAUCUGAAAUGACAAAGCUCGAUGACGUUCUGGCUACUAUUACUAAUGGAUACCGCCCGACUUAUAUGCGCGUGCCUUACUUUGCAUAUAGCCCCUUGGUCUUGCAGACUAUGGCCGACCUUAAGUAUCAUGUUAUCGAAGCUGAUAUUGACACCAAGGAUUAUGAGCAUGAUACUCCUGACGGCGUUAGUGUCAGCGUUGGUUUUUUUAGGGAUGGUCUAAACGCAGGUGGUAGCAUUGCGCUGGCUCAUGACGUACAUCAAACUACUGUUGAUCUCCUGAUCCAGCAACUCCUGGACGAGUUGAAACGGAGAGGCCUGAAAGGUAUAUUUAUAUCCAGUUAUUAUUUCUAA